AAUCCAUGCAAUUUCUUAGCGAAGAAUCAGCGUGGUCCAAAAACAUUAAAUUUGCGUGGGCUUCAAUUCUUCAAUUGAGUUUUAAUAACGCUUCAAUUAAUUCACCAGAGAAGAUUCAAGUGUACAGCGCUUCAGAGAAAACUAUCUAUGGAGAGUGUCCGACUAAUUACAUUAUUGAUGCUAACCACCCAGAGAUCAAUGAAACUCAGGAUGUGUUUGUUAAGAAAUUUUACUCACCAUCCCAGUGCAGUAAAUUCAAUACCCUAGUUUCUAAUUCAGAUGAGUCGAUUUAUAACACCGCUAGCCAUAUGUUAUAUGGACUUAAAAAAGAAGGUGAUAAUUUCUCGCUCGAAGAAAUUAACUCUAUUGGACAAUUCCACUUCUGCCCUUUCCGCAACGAGAAUGAUACUUUCUACAUCCAUAUCAAUGUAACAUAUAAUCUCAAGGAAAUUGUAUCAAGUGAAAAUUCAUUACUGAUAGCUGAUUUCAAUAAUUCACUAUUGUUUCACGACUGGACUUACGAAUCAUCAAAGUCUAAUUAUGGGGAGAAUACAGCUUCGGAUUUAACUAGCGGACGUCAUGAUGUCAACCAAAAAAAUCUUAAAGAUAAAAUCAAACAAUUGUUGAUAAUUGCUGCAAAUUACAUUGAAAAAAAUCAAAAUGAAGCUAAAGAACUUAACUGGGAACAGGGAAAAACUAUAAACAAAAUCCUUAGGCUAUUGUAUCAGGCUGACAUUUUAUCACUCGAAGAAAUCUUUAAUAGUUUCAAGAACGCUUCUAGUCAAACUGAACAUACUGCAGGGGACUUAUUGAAAGGAAUUUUGCCUCAUAUAGGAACCGCAGCAUCGAGCUUCUUCAUUAAGGAUCUUGUAAAAAAUAAAUUAGUCAGUGACUCUACAGCGAUGGAAUUGUUGGUAAAACUUCCGUUCUAUAUUCGUGAACACUCUGAGAUUUUGAUGGAAUUGGAAACUUUGUUCGACAAUGAAUCGCUCGAUCCAAAAGUCCGUAAAUCAGCCAUUCUUUCUUACUCAACUUUAAUUUCCAGAACUUUUGGCAACAAAAAUAACGAGUCACUUAAAAAAUAUCAGAAAGCGUAUUACGACCAUCUUAUAAAUGAGAAAAAUUAUGAUUUUCAACAAAUUUACAUCUUUGCUUUGGGCAAUAUACUAAAUGGUGCCGAUAGCAAUUACUUAGCACCAAUUGUUAAGGGUGUUGUUAAAAUAAAUCCAAAUCCAAAUGGAAUUCGGCUAUUAGCAUCGAGGGCAAUCCAAACAUCGUUGAAAUCAGACUAUGCUUUUGGUUCUGAUUUAUUCUGGUCUAUCAUGGCUGAUUACACUCUACCUUCGACGCUUCGCAUUUCUGCGUAUGAAUAUCUUAUUUAUAACGCUCAGUCGGAGGCAGAUGUCCUUCGUAUUCACUGGUUUAUAGUUUACGAGAAUAGUAAACACUUGUACAAUUACCAUUGCUCAUUAAUUCGGGAUUUAGCCGUCUCAUCUGAUCCAUCCGAGGCUCAACUCAAAGAAAUCACUUUAAAAAUUUGGCGUUUCAUUGAUAGUCCUGAAAAAAUAUCCGACAAAAUGUCAAUUUCUCAGACCCACAAUGCAGUAGAUGACAACGGAAAUGGAUUCAAGAUAAGAUUUUCCUUAAUUUACAAUGAAGAGAAGAACGUCAUUGAACAAUUUUACGCUGAACAAAUUUUCUUCGAAGGACAUAAAACUGUCACCAAUUGGGGCAUUUACUUGAAUGUUGAAGGCAUGGAUUACUUAUUGACAUUGUUAAACAAUGACGUCGUAAAAAUAAAGGGCUCUUUUACCCAGGCAUUUAUUAUCGAACUGAUUAAGAAAUUCCCAGCUGCUAUGGCAGCAAUGCCGGAUUCUCAUAUGGUUAUUGUAUUAUUUUAUAAAUCACGACCUGUGUUAUCAGACUAUUACACCGCUCAAUCAUGGAAAAACUUAAAAAAUGACAUUGACACUGUAUUGAAGGCAUUUGACACUCCAUCAAAUAAUGGAACUUUGAAUACUUCUAACCAAGUUACUACAUUAUAUGAUGUGUUUUAUCACAGCUUGUACGAAUAUAAUUUCAUUAAUGAUCUGGGAAUACCAUUUACAUUCUCUGGUCUUAGCCCAGCUGUAUAUGCAGUCAAUGUAUCGAGGAACGAAUCAAAGGAAGCUAAGUCGAUACAAACAGAAAUUGAAGCUAAAAUGUGGUUGGUUCGCGAAUAUGGUAUUUUAAUGUAUAAUCCAUUUAUAGAUGUUUGGCAUAUUGCUGUACAAACAUCGAUAGUCUUAUUUCGCGGUUCAUUAGAGAAUAACGUUUAUCUUAAUUCUGUUCUUGAAUUCAUUAAUGCGGAUUACCCGAAACAAUUGGAUAUUAAAUUUAUUGAAGCUGACGUAAUAAUUAUUGACAAAAAAAGUGUUGCUAUUGAUGAUGAUAGUUCGAGUCCAUAUUCAAAAUACUUGAUUGUCACUAGAGAUGCGAAUAAUCUCAAGAAUACUACUACUAUCGUACUUAAUCAGAAUGAUCAAUUUGAAUGGCAAACAACUUCAUUCGAUUGUGAUAAUGAGGCUGGAAUAAUUUCAAGUGAACAAUGGUUGAAACAAUGGCUACAUAAUAAUUACGAAUUGGACUUGUUCCCAAUUUCACGUGAAUUGAAAAAUUGUGGAAACUUUGUUAAAAUUCAACCAAUUGACAAAGUUACUCCAUCCCGUUUUGUGUAAAAUGAAAAUACAACUAAAUUUACACGAAUUG